CUUCCAUAACAUCCAGCCAGCUCAGCAUAACAGCACACUUUUCCAUCUGAGAACACAGAAUCUUUUACAGAAUUUAAAUUUUCCAAUCAGCAUCUACUGAUUCUUGUAUACAUGUCUUCUUCCAAGAAGUCCGUACGCUCCGGUUUGGAAAGAUCCAUGUCGGCUCGGCUUCGCAAUUUACACAUGAGAAGCGAAAGUAGCGGGAAUAUCGACACAAAUAAUACUGAUCAACGGAAUCGGCAAGCUUCACCUUCAAGAUCUAACAGUAAAACGCAAAUGUCGGAAUCGUCGAAGUCAAUGCGGGGCCACCGCUCCAACUCGUCUUUAUCAAGAAAAGUAUCUACAAAGAUGUACAAUACUCCAGCAAUAGACACACAUCAUCUACCCCCGUCAUCUGAUAUCACUACAGCUACAUCACCAAUUGCUCAGUAUGGAUCGCUUGAACCGAUUCCUUCUUUAUCUCAUGGUGGCCACAAACUUUCCAGUGAUCAACUCAGUGAUGACUCCAAUUCCAGUGAUAAAGAACACUAUGGACUGUCCCCGAAUAAUGCCACUGGCUUCGGAAAGACGAGAGAUCGUUCUACAUUCAAAGGUGUCUUGGAUAAAUUUGUUGGAAGCUUUAGUGAUCUCCUUUCCAACAACGGAAGCGCAGCCAACAGCCCGAACUAUAACAAGGAAAUGGAAAUCUCAGGGCCGUACAACGCUGUUCACGUUACUCAUGUUGGUUUCAAUGCCAACACUGGCGAGUUCACUGGAUUGCCCGAGGAGUGGCAAACCCUUUUGCAACACAGUGGCAUCAGUAAGCGUGAGCAAGUUCAAAAUCCUCAGGCUGUUCUCGACGUGAUUGGCUUCUACCAAGAGACGCAUGAUCACCCACAAGAUGCUGUUUGGCACAAAUUUGAAAAGGCCCAUGCUUAUAACCAUGACUCGGAUGGAUCCAGUCCCUCACCUAUUGGCUCUCCACGGAUUAGAGCAUCUCCUGGCCCAGAAGUUAGAGUAGAUACCCAGCCUUCACCCGAACAGAAUCCAUCUGUGCCCAUCAGUAUACCAAUAUCCGAAAAAUCACCUGAUCUGUCGCCAAUAUCAUCACCUGUGUUCACCCCACCACCACCAAUAUCUUCAUCUAUUGAUUCCUUAGAAAAGGAUGCUCAGAAGCUACAUGCCGUCAACCCCAGUACUCGUCAACAUAAGCCGAUUUCUCCAUCUUUAUCGCAGUUGUCAAGAACAGCGAGUCAGAGGGCAAAGCAGGCUGCAGCUCAGCGACAGUUACAGACCCCUGAUUCUGAAAAGCCAUGGCCUUCACAGCCCAUUUCAGAAAGAUUGGAUGUCUCUGCGUUAACCGGAGCACCCGGUACGGUUAAGCAGAGAGUGCGCAAAUCAGAGAAGACAGCGUUGCGAGAUUCACAAGUCAUUGAAAGGUUGCAAGCCAUAUGUAUAGAAACAGAUCCUACGCUUGUUUACCGCGAUAUGCUGAAGAUUGGUCAAGGAGCAUCUGGAGGCGUAUUCACAGCAUACCCCCCAAAAGAGAUCACACCGGUUGCCAUCAAGCAGAUGAAUCUGAAACAACAACCAAAGAAGGAGUUAAUCAUCAAUGAGAUUCUUGUUAUGAAAGAAUCUCGACAUCGCAAUAUUGUUAACUUCAUCGACUCGUAUCUUUGGAACGGCGACCUUUGGGUCGUUAUGGAAUACAUGGAAGGAGGCAGUUUGACGGAUGUGGUGACAAGCAACAUGAUGAUGGAAGGCCAAAUUGCCGCAGUAUGCAAAGAAGUUUUGCAAGGCUUAUCACACUUGCAUUCACAAGGAGUGAUUCAUCGAGACAUCAAGAGUGACAAUGUUUUGCUUAGUCUUCAAGGCGACAUCAAACUGACCGACUUUGGUUUCUGUGCUCGACUUGGGGAAACACAAUCAAAGCGAACCACCAUGGUUGGCACCCCGUAUUGGAUGGCACCUGAAGUGGUGACAAGAAAAGAGUAUGGCCCGAAAGUGGAUAUCUGGUCGCUCGGUAUCAUGGCUAUCGAAAUGAUUGAAGGAGAGCCACCGUACUUGAAUGAGAAUCCACUAAGAGCUCUUUACUUGAUCGCGACCAAUGGAACACCUUCUCUGCAAAGUCCCGAGAGUUUGAGUGAAGUCUUUCGAGAUUUCCUUGGUCGUUGUCUGGAUGUUGAGGCAGAUCGUCGCCCAAGCGCAGAUACUAUGCUUACUCAUCCAUUUUUGCGGAAGGCUGACCCACUUCAUACGCUUGCUCCACUGAUAAAAGCAGCACGAGACGCUAUUCGACGAGAAAAGAGGGCUUGAAUGGAAAGGCGUAUCGAGAAAUCUCAAAAUACGAAUGGUGUCAAACCAGCGUGCAAUACUUUCUUUUUUUUUUUUUUUCAAAGCCGUCUCCAUGAAAGACCAUUUAGCAUCUCAAAUCUUUUGUUCGCUUGAAACAUGAGACAUUUACGGACCAAACCCUCAUCUCACAAAUUUUAGUACUGUUUAAAUCCUCUCCCCCACCAUAGCUUUUGUAUCAUUUCACGAAUACUUCUUUAACUGCUUUGGCAUACUUUGCAUAACGCUUUCAUAAAUUUUUUUUAUUCUAUUUCAUUCUAUCAU